CCGGCUUUCUCUCGGAACGGACCGCAGAGCGACGGCAAAGAAGUGGGGGGGGGGGGGGCGAGCCUUGGGCCGCGCGUGGAGCCAAUUCCUCUCCUGUGGCUCACAGUCAGCCUCCGUCCGUCCCUCACCGGCACACUCGGCUGAGGCGCGUUCGGCUGAGGCGGAGGCGGAGGAGGAGGAGGGAUUCUUCCCAAAUCAUGGAGCCCCCAGGGCGCCUGCCGGGGAUCGGGGUCACCAGGGUCCUCACGGACACGGAUUGGUCUGAACCCUGGAUUUUAACUCUAGUGUUUUUCCACAUAGUCUGCUUAUGUUUUACUUACCUUUCAUUGCAGCAUUAUCGUUUCCAAAUAGGACUUUUUCUGUCUCUCAUAAUCCUGGUAUUCUCUGCAGAAUACAUAAAUGAAGCAGCUGCUGCAAACUGGAGAUUCUUCUCAAAGCACCAGUACUUUGAUUCUCAAGGAAUGUAUUCAUUAGUGUUUUCAGUACCAUUACUCCUAAACGCCAUCCUCAUAGUGAUUGCUUGGGUUUAUAAAACAGUGAAAGUAAUGACGGAACUAAAGACAAUACAGCAGAAAGGAAAGCAAGGAGAGAAAAUAAGAAAAGUCAAUGAAUAAGUGCAUCUUUGUAACUGGUUAUGUUACCAACUAUUCUGUCACCCUUAUUAACUUGAGGUUGGAAGUUAGGGAUUUUUACAUUCCUUUAUAAAUGGUCUUAUGUUCUCACAGUUCUAUGAGAAAAAAAUCAUGUCCAUUUUGAGGCCCAUUGUUAGAGCAAUUCUUAUAUGGCAUUUUGCUAUAUAGACUACUAUUUCAUUCUGAACCAGUCAUAAGGCAUCUCAUACGUUUAUUAGAAUUCUCUAACGUACUGUUUUAUCACAGCUCAAUACAGGGGUUGUUCAUGGUUUUAUCAUGAUGUGCAUCAAAUAUGCCAAAAUGAACAAGUAAAUUUUAAUAAGUACCAGUUCAUAAAACUGGUUAGCUACAUAAUUGCCACUCACGACUAAUUUCCAUUUAGGAAUUAUCAUAGCAUAUAACAAAUAGUUUAUACAUGUUCAUGAUACAAAAGUAAUUAUUGUUGGUACAAACUUCAAUAAAACAAAAGUGAUAAAAUGUGCAUUGUGACAUGAGGCAAAUCCUUCCCAAUAUCAGUUAUAUAUAAUACGUGCCUUUGUCUCCCUCCAUUUUGUGAAGGCCGAGGCUAAAUCUGCUUGCUUGUAAAUUUGUCGGACUUUGGGGACGUCUUAUUCAAACUUUUAUAUGAGAAGAGUAAUUUAAUCAUGUGGGUUGCUGUGUUUGUCAUAUGAUGAACUUGUUCCUGUUUUUUUAAUUAAAUGCUUAUGGGUUCA